AGUCUCCUACCUUGGGUCGCAUUGCGUCAAAUUCGUCAUGGAAACCACUCGAUAUGAUUGGUCAUCGCUCAGCGGUCGCCGCUGGUGAUUUGCAUAAAGUUGGGAAACGUUGACCUUAAUCGCCUCCUCCGCGCCGCCCAACGGUCCCUCGUCCUCUCCGCGUUCCUUCAAUUGAAAAUGAAUAAGAAGUAGUGUUUCACCGCGCGGCACCGCGUGAAAUAGUUUACACUAGGGCAGUCUGUGUCGCUUCCUGGUUCUGCUGGCCACAUAGUGACAGUCAGUGAGUCAGAAGAAUAGCAGUUCACUCUCGGAAGCAAAGUCAGUAUUCGAUGGCAGAGUGGAGGGAGUGGGCGGGUCCAAGAUGAGUGCUGACACGCUAUUGGAGGAGACACUGAUCAAGCGGUCUCAGCAGAAGAGGUUAACAUCGCCGCUGAACUACAAGGAGAGAGUGUUCGUCCUCACCAAGACCAAGCUCACAUAUUAUGAGUUCAGAGCUGAGAAGAAGUUUAAGAAGGGUCCGUCGACCUGCAGAAAGUCAGGUGUGUUGGAGAUCGUGAAGAAUGACGGAGUCAUACCCUGUCAGAACAAAUACCCCUUCCAGGUGGUGUAUGACACAAGCACUCUCUAUGUAUUUGCUCCCAGCUAUGAGAGUAGGAGGAUCUGGAUCCAAAACAUUAAGGAAGAGAUAAGGGACAACUCUGUGAUCGUUGCUAAGUUCCAUCCUCAGUUCUGGAUGGAGGGCGUGUGGCUGUGCUGUCGUCAGGCAGAGAAACUGGCCCCGGGCUGUGAGGAAUACAACCUGUUUGGAGACCUUUCGAGGAAACUUCUUCCUCCCAUACCUGGAGAGGAGGUCACAGGAAGGUCUCGUCGGCCUCCCCCUCCCCCUCCCCCACCUCCCGUACACAGCCACGAUGAUGGUAGUGGUGUCGAGGAGGUUGUGAUAGCUCUGUAUGACUUCUAUGGUCCUGAACCACAUGACCUGACUAUGACCAAGGGAGGAGAAUACGUCAUACUGGAAAAAUGUGACAUCAACUGGUACAAGGCCCGCAACAUAUACGGGAAGGAAGGCUACAUCCCCAGCAACUACGUGACAGAUAAAAAACUGGGGAACCUGGAACAGUAUGCCUGGUACAGUAAACAUGUCAACCGGAACAAAGCUGAGGAACUACUAGGACAGAGGCGAGUAAACCAAAAUGGUGUGCUUGUAAGAGACUCCAGUAAGCCAGGGGCCUACACCGUCUCCUGUACACCAAAGUCAGCAGGGGAGGGAGGUGCAGCGAUCAGGCAUUACCACAUCAAGACCUCAGGUUGCCCCAGACAGUUCUACCUGGCUGAAAAACACCUGUUCACCUUGAUACCUGACCUCAUAGACCACAACCACAACGCUGCAGCCACCUCCUACUGGAAGUUUGGAGUCUAUUACAACACCUCCCCUGGAGAGGUCAUCAUCUACCACACCUCUACU